AUGGCACCAAAGAAGGCAGCAAGACCCGCUCAGGAGAACAUCUCCCUCGGCCCCCAAGUCAGAGAUGGAGAGCUCGUUUUCGGCGUAGCCCGUAUCUUUGCCUCGUUCAACGACACUUUCGUCCACGUUACUGAUCUCAGUGGCCGCGAAACCAUCACUCGUGUUACCGGUGGAAUGAAGGUCAAGGCAGACCGUGACGAGUCCUCCCCAUACGCUGCUAUGUUGGCUGCUCAAGACGUCGCUACUCGCUGCAAGGAGUUGGGCAUCAACGCUCUUCACAUCAAGAUCCGCGCCACUGGAGGUAAUGGUACCAAGACCCCAGGCCCAGGUGCGCAGUCCGCUCUCCGAGCACUCGCUCGUUCCGGCAUGAAGAUUGGCAGAAUCGAGGAUGUUACCCCAACCCCAUCCGACUCCACUCGCCGCAAGGGUGGUCGCCGUGGUCGUCGUCUCUGA